UCUAAUUCAUUCCUAAUCGAGUCACGACAGGAUCGUGGGUACGCGAAUCGGGCGGGGGGGUGACGUUGGCGCCGGGUUCAUCCUCCUCGAGACGGUAGGCAGUUCUGAGCCACAGGGACCGCCAGCGAGCGAGAGAGCGAGAGAGAGAGUCAGCGAAGAAAAAUGCUCGCCCACAACCUGCUCCUCCCCUCGCCGUCCUCCUCCUCUCCUUCCCCGUUCGCGUUCGAUCCCCACCGCCGCCGUCUACCUCGGCUCCACCCCCUCUUCUCCGACGCCGCCGCCGCCCCUGCUCGACUCGCCGGAGCAAGUCGAAGGAUUAAAUUUCUUCCGCUCAAGUCUAGCUUUUGGGAAACCAUAAGAUCAGGUUUUUUAAAGGACAGUGCGACACAAAUCGUUGAUCCACCAACCAGUCCUGAAGAGGAGGAAGAGAUCUUACCUCAGGAGUUUUUACUAUUUGAGAAGACUCUACCGGAUGGCUCACUUGAACAGAUAAUGUUCUCAUCUGGUGGUGAUGUUGAUGUGUAUGAUCUUCAAGCACUAUGUGAUAAGGUGGGAUGGCCUCGGAGGCCAUUGUCCAAACUGGCUGCAGCUUUGAAAAAUAGCUACAUUGUGGCCACGUUGCAUUCUAUAAGGCAUUCCCCUGAAUCAGAUGAGAGUGCCCAAACGAAGCUCAUCGGGAUGGCACGCGCUACGUCUGAUCAUGCCUUUAAUGCCACCAUUUGGGAUGUCCUUGUUGAUCCUUCUUAUCAGGGUCAAGGCCUUGGGAAGACUCUCGUGGAAAAUCUUAUCAGGACUCUUCUGCAAAGGGAUAUAGGCAAUAUAUCACUCUUUGCGGAUAGUAAAGUUGUAGAUUUUUACCGGAACUUGGGUUUUGAAGCUGACCCAGAGGGAAUCAAAGGAAUGUUUUGGUACCCGAAGUAUUAGUGGCUGGAUCUUUACCACAAGCACGAUUUUGCUGCUGCAGAGCCAGGGGAGGAGCCGUCGACAUCUUUGAUAGAAGACCAGUAAGAUGAAAGCUGUAGCAUGUUGUUAAAAAUGUACACUGUAAAGGUCGAUCCUGUAAGAACGAGUCCAAAAAUUAAUUCUUCGCUGGGUCUCGUCUCUCAAUUGUAGCCAUUAAGCGUGAUCCAGAUUUUUCAAAGAUUCAUCAAGACGAUAGCGGUGUAUUCUUUCUUUAGAGGAGCAAUUUGUUCAGUACGGACGGGGUGGUUUCUAGAUUCUGGUGGGCAAAAGUUCAGACGCUUCACCGUUGAUUUCA